UUUCAGAAAUUUAUGAUUAUUCCCACUGCAGUACAACUUGAUUUACUGUAAAACAGUUCGCUGAAAUAAUUUGCUGUUGGAAAUGGUAAAACUCAAAAACAGAUAUAUUUUGAUGGAUAUAUUAUUUGAUGAAAAAGGUGAUGUCGUAACGGAAUCGGCGAUUUAUGUAGCACUCUGUAAACAGAUCGGAAUUCUCUUUGGUGAUUACGGAAUGGCAGCAGCGAAACUUUCACUAAGUGUUAAGGUUUUCGAUGCUGGUACGGCAACAACUAUUAUCAGGAUAUCGAAGGAAUUUGCACAGCGACUCCUCAGUACAAUACCAUUCGUAUGCAAAAUUGAUGCUAUAUCGGUUGUGCUACAAGUGCUCUUUGUUGGUUCAUCCAUACGAUCCUGCCAAAGAGCAUUGUUAAGGAUAAAUCGGAAGAACUUGUAUUCUAAUUACAUAACUGCAAAAACCAAAGGAGAAAAGAAAGAUAUAAUAGAAGCUAUACGAAGUGUAACGGGAAAUGUGAAAUUUGAAAAUACCUUCAAUGGAUAAUUUAUGAUUUUUUUACAACUAGAAUAAAGCAGUGUAUGAUUCUUUUUUUUCUUUUUUUUACAGCCGACAAUUCAGCAAUGUGUUUUUUUGAUGAAUUAUAAAGGUCUUUCUCCUGUUGUACGUCAUUGUCACGUGUCUAUGUGCUAUCAAUCAAAAAGAUAAUCAGGAGAAAAUGAGU